UAUUUGAGUUCAUAUGAACUACUCAAGUGAUAUCACAAAUCAUAACAAAAGGAAAGAGCCGAAUAACCUAAUUGAGAUAUAAAUAUUGAAGAUUCUCAAAUUUUUGUUUUCAAUUUUCAGUAAAUGGCUGCUAUUAAAGUUCCCCAGCAAAAAGUUAUUUUAUGCGGUGAAUAUGGUGUAGGAAAAAGUUCUAUCUUCAGAAGAUUUACAAAUAAUACUUUCAUAACAACUACUGACAGAAAAUCUACUUUGGGGCUGGAUCAUUUUUAUAAAACGUAUAGUGUUUGUGACAGGAACAUUAAGUUAUGGGAUACAGGGGGUAUGGAAAGAGUUGCCUCCAUAACUUCUAGUUACUACAAAUUUGCUGAGGCAGCAAUUUUGGUCUUUUCCCUAGAUAAUCCUGCUUCAUUUCAUGUACUAUCUCAGCACUUACUUGAUAUUGUUACCUACGCAGAGAAUGCUAAAAUAUUUUUAUGUGGGAAUAAGAGUGACUUGGUUCAAGACAUCCCACAAGUCAGUGAUUCUGAAAUAGAAGCAUUUUGUGAACAGUGUCAUAAUUUAGUAUCUGGCAUAUACAAAACAUCUUGCAAAACUGGUGAAGGUCUUGAUGAAAUGUUUACAGACAUAGCUUAUCAGUUGGUGAAUUCUAAUAGAUCUAGAUUUGAACUACAGGCCAUGGAACAACAUGGGUUCAAGAUAACACCUUAUGAAGAGGAACUACAAGAUGAUAGUUGUUUAUGUUAAGAUCUGAAAUUCAUCAAAACCAUUUUGGAAACAUUUGGGAAUGCGUUCAGUAUUUCAGGUUUAUUUUUAGAAUAAUUUCAUUCUGUAUAAAAUCCAAAAGAAAUAUCAAACUUAAAAAGAAAUGUAUUACAAUGUCAGAUAAGAACAGCAGUCUCAUAUUGGAUCACAAAAGCAAUGGUUUUCAGUGUGCUUUAAUUUGAUUUUUCCUGUUUUGUUUUAAAGAAAUUAAUGGGAAACUUUCAUAUUUAUCUUGAAGAAAAUAUGUUAUUUAAUAAUGUGUUUGAUUUAAUCCUUCAAAUGGAACAUAUGUUAACCUAACAGUUAUCUUUGAAUAACAAAAUUCCUAUAUUUAUAGUUAGUACUGAAACAAAUCCUGGUGUGGAAGGAAUCUAGUGAAAAUAUUUUGCAGUAAUGCAAAAUUCUUGUUUGCACUUGGAAAAAAAAUAAAUUAUGUAAACUUAUAAACAAAAAAUGUGCCACCAAAAAUAUCGGCUUCUAAAUGUGUGUAACAUUUUAUACACUUAACUAAGUGGCAUGUCUAUAUUCCUAGCUUGGAAAAGCUAAACAUUUAUAAGUAUAAUAUGAGAUUGAGAGCUUUAAAAUUGAAACCUUGAGUUGUGUUGAUUUUUUGUGUUUAUUUUGUUGGUAUAUAUUGAUAACAUUUUUCUUGCUUUGGGAAGCUGAGAAUAUUGAAUCAUCAUUUCUUGUUUUUGUUCAUUAAUAUUUUUUACAAAGUUUUCAUUUAUUCUUGACAAAUGAACAUUUAAUACACAUCUCACUUGAUGGACUAAUUGUAAAACGGGAUCCUCUAACUACUAAAAGACUUAUUAACUGGUCAAAAAUGUUGCCAAAGUUUUGUAAACAUUAGUUAAUAGUAUAUAUA